UCGGCGCGUUAUGGCGUCGAUAACUAAACGACGCCAUGUUAUUCUAUUAAUUGACAGUUUGCCGUAGGUGCGCGAUGUUCGUGGUCUCUGACAAAGAAAAGCGUGGAGAUAGCGCCGGUUUUUCGAUAUCAAAAUUAUCCUCUAAUCAUUCGAUAAUGGGAUAAUUGAUUCAGAGAAUAGAUGGACUAUUCAAUUAACAAUUAUGCCGGUCGACAUAAACCGCCUGACAGAAGGUUGGCUCGAGUUGGAAAGUGAUCCAGGCCUAUUUACCCUGCUCCUAGAGGAUUUCGGGGUAAAAGGUGUUCAGGUCGAGGAAAUAUACGAUCUGCAAAAAUCUUUGGAGGGCCCUAUCUACGGGUUUAUAUUUCUCUUCAGAUGGAUCGAGGAAAGAAGAUCCCGACGAAAGGUCGUCGAACAGGAUGAAAGUUUUGUCAAGGACGAGGACAUUGUGAACAAUAUAUUCUUCGCCCAACAGGUCGUUCCGAACAGUUGCGCCACCCACGCACUAUUGUCAGUUCUUUUAAACUGUCCCUCGAUUCAUUUAGGCACAACUUUAUCUCGUUUAAAAAUUCACACGUCCGGUAUGUGCCCCGAAAACAAGGGAUGGGCCAUAGGUAAUACCCCCGAAUUAGCCUGUGCUCACAAUUCCCACGCGAUGCCUCAGGCGAAGAGACGACAGGACAAAAACACGGGGAUGUCAACCGGCAGGUUCACGGGAGAAGCCUUCCACUUCGUCAGUUACGUACCGAUAAAUGGAAGGCUCUUCGAACUCGACGGUUUGAAACCUUAUCCGAUGGAUCACGGGCCGUGGGGAGAGCACGAAGAAUGGACCGAGCAGUUUCGACGAGUGAUCACCGAUAGAUUGGGAAUGGCGACCGGAGAACAACUCCAGGACAUUCGUUUUAAUCUGAUGGCAGUUGUUCCGGACAGGAGACUCGCGAUAUCCCAUAAACUUACGAUGCUCAAGACGAACAGACAGAUCGUUCUCGAAGCUCUUCAGCAGCUGGUUAAACUGAGCCACUCCGAUAACUCGGGGGAUAAAACUACCGGGCUCGACGUAGAACGUGGGGAAAAAUUUUCCGAUUCGCACAAGAAGGAAGAAUGCGGUGAAAAGAAUUGCGACGACGGUAGCGGGCUGAAUAAAAUGAAUUCCGACGGUACGAUAGCCAUUCCGACUAUCAGCAUAGAACAGUGCGAAACUACAGCUGAAUCUGGGGAGAAUUCUGCCGCUGGCAGUAACAGCUGUGUCGUUAAAACCGAAAAUAGCGGUAUGGAGAAGGUCGUUAUGUGCGCAUUGGAUUACGCUACACCUCUGAGAAUCCAAACUUCUCCGGCCCACAGUUCGUCGAGUACCGAUACCUCAUCAGAGAUCGGUUCGGCGUUUAAUUCACCUACUCAGGCUUGGGGCUGGAACUCCGGUCAGAGCAGUCCCACGUCGACGAAGGACUUCAAAAAAUUUGUCGUCAUCCGUGUGGCAGGUGAUGAAAAACAUGAGACGGGAUUAAGUCGUUCGUUGGGCAACAUAAAUAUCAACGGGAAGAGGCUGGUCUCCGACAGCGGGCAUUUGCAUAAAAAAGUUUGUCUCUCCGGCGAGGUGAGGAUACCGCACGCCCGGGUGAAAACUAGCAACGGGGACACGGUUACCGAGGAGAAAAAGGUCGAAAAAAUGGAUCCGAAAUUAUGCUCCAAGUACCCCGAACUCUUUGAGCCCCACACUUUUGCUCCGAAGGAUCUUCUGGCGCUGCUGAAAAAUUUGGAGCACGAGAUAAGCAUAUGCGAGAAUAGUUUGAAGGAUGAAAACGACAAGAGAAAUAAGUACAAAAUCGACGACUGCAGAAGGACGCACAACUACGACGAAUUUAUUUGUACAUUUCUUUCGAUGCUCGCGCAGCAGGGAAAACUGGCUGAAUUGGUCCAGCAGCAUCUUACCUUGAAGAAACACACAUCGGUACCAGUCAGCCGAGUUCACAGAUCUUCGAAAAAAACUGACUCCAGACCGAAUUCAUCACGACGACGUCGAGGGCGAACCAAAUGCAAGAAACGAAAAUGAGCAGAGACGCGGCAACGCUUUGAAUAUUCUGUAUCUCUCGAUGAAAAUAAUUUCCCCAUCGUCGGUCGUGGAAUGAAGAGAUUCCAUCUCACUUAUCGAAUCGGUUAACUACUACGAAUCCUCGUAGCGAUUCACUGAUAUUGUUGCAAAAUCGAUUUAACUUCCGAAUUGUACUUGUGACAAGUUGACAAUUGAUAAUAUUCUAACUGCGUACCCAAAUAAAUGAAGAUAAUCAAA